AUGAACACUGUGAAAUCGUUCUGGGUUGGAUGGGGCUCACUAUGUGUCGCCGGCGGGACAGCAUACUAUUUCGCAAAGCAAUCGAUCAACGCAGAUAGAGCCGCGCGAUUCGAGGCAGAUCAGAAACGCAAGAGGCAGCAGGAAGCACUAGAAUAUUCUGGCAGAACAGGUGGUUAUGCGGGGUCAGGAAGCAAUGGCGGACCAGCAAAAUUGGACUCUGCCGGUUCUCCAAGCCAGGAAGUAUCGACAACUGAGCCUGCGCCGACGGGACAUGCGCCAGCCAACGAGGGACAGCGUGUAAGGGAAAAGAGCAAAUACGAACCAGCGGAGCCAUUCAGAUCAAAGAAAGGCGAUAGGUUCAGUUAA